UAAUAAGUUGGUUACAGUUGAUACCAAUAAAGCAAUGUCGAAGUAUUGCAGUAAACAACCAAAGUAUUUGCAUGUUAUAGCUACAUAUGUUGCACCGCAAAACAGAAACUUUAUGUACAACUGGGUAUUACGAUAUUAUACAACAUUUGAGAGGUGACUGUUUACGCAACUCAUAGUGGACCGGCAAAAGAACAGGAACAGAUUUGACCAUACAUUUUAUACCAUGGCAGCCCUCAGUUGUAAACUUUUACCUUUGAUAAGAAGCAAUCUCUCCAACAAGACCAUUUGCCUUGCACACACUGUGCCCAUCAGUACGGUUCGUACAUUCAAAUGUGUCCCGAGACUCUUGCAACUGCAGAGCGAGCAGGGGUCAAAUGUACUGUCAGGGAAAGUGGACAGAUUCGGCGGAGUGACAGUCAACCUGGGUGACAGUGGUUUCCCCUCAGAUAUCAACGAAAGUGUUUUUAGUAACUUACUUCAAGAAUCCUUGGCACAUUGGAAGGCAGAAGGGCGGAUAGCGGUGUGGCUGCACGUGCCCAUAUCGUUGGGCAGGUGCGCAGCGGCAGCGUCGGUACAUGGGUUCACGUACCACCACGCCAGACACGACCGAGCCGUCCUGGCCUUGUGGUUAACCGACGGGGAGAGCCGUUUACCGGGAUUCGCAACUCAUCAGAUUGGAGUGGCAGGAGCUGUUGUUGAUGAGUCAAAUGGGAAGGUCCUCGUGGUUCAAGACAAAAACAAGACGAAAAAUGCAUGGAAGUUUCCUGGAGGUCUGUCUGAGCCAGGAGAAAACAUUGGUACCACAGCAGUGCGUGAGGUGUUUGAAGAGACAGGGGUCCACUCCGAAUUCAAAUCCCUCCUAAGCAUCCGGCAGCAACACAACCACCCUGGAGCGUUCGGCAUGUCAGACAUGUAUGUGAUCUGCCGACUCAGCCCUCUGUCCUACAACAUCCACUUCUGCACGCAGGAGUGCUUGCGUUGUGAGUGGCUGGACCUGUCAGAGCUGGCCAAGACCGACGCCACCACGCCCAUCACGUCGCGCUUGGCCAGGCUGCUGCUCCACGGACUGCGGCAGGGCUUCCAUCACAUCGACCUCACCAUGGAGGAGUUGCCAGCCGUUUACUCUGGGGUGUUUUACCAGCUCUACCACCGCCAGCUGCCCUAGGAACUCAGGCCUUAGCCCAGGAACUCAGACCCUAGCCCUGGGACUCAGGCCCUAGCCAUGCCCCUGACUCCGGUCCUCCUAGCCUCUAGCGCGUCAAUGCUAAUUGCACCGAUGUGAACUUGAUUAGCACAUAGAUGCUAACCACACUCUCACUCUAAGUGCUUUUUUUGGUCUGGACUAUGUAUACUGUGAGUGAGUCACACACUGGUUCUCAUAAACUGUUACAAAAGAUUGUACUGAUGAUCUUUGUUUUGUUUUUUGGUACAAACAAGAAGUUAAAUUUCUCUGUUGUAAACUAGGAAGGAGAAUACAUUGGGCCAUAUACAAUCAUUCUUGUGCAUUUAUGAAAUAAGUAUGCGGAGGUGAGAUAUAAUAAUAAACCCAAAAUACUGUUGUGCCGAAAUGCAUUACAGAAACAGUAGAGUACAAUGGUGUGAUCUUCCCUUUCAUGAAA